AUGUCACGGUUCAGCAGGGCUCAGGGCCCUCAGAACAAUAGCAUCCUCAACAGCAUCCGGGCGGCCGAGAUGAUUGACAGCAAGGCCGCCCUACCAGCUGAGAUCCUUGUCACGAUCCUCGACUACCUCCCCGUCUCCGACCUUCUUCGCUUCGCCCGCACCUCCUCACGUAUGCGCGAGAUGGUCUACGAUGACACGCGAUGGGUUGCCCGGCUGAAAGGCAUGGGUCUGUGGAAUGAGACCGAGGCUCGGAAGAGGUUCGAGGACGCCAUGAGGAGGCGCAAGGAGGCUGCCGACAGCGAGGCAAGAGCACGAGCCGCCUCUACUGCCGCGGCGGCAGCAAAGAGGCAGAGCGGGACGGUGUUUUUCGAUGCCGAGAGGGAGGAGGAAACUGCGUCCGGGGCUUCGGCGCUGCGGGACGGGUUCGAAACGCUCAGCAUGGGCGGGAGUCCGGCGCUCUCGCAGCAACAGAUGUCGCCGACAAGCCCCAAGGACCCGCUGCGGGACUCAGAGGCCCUCCUGCAGGUGCUCAAGAACGUGAGGAGCGUGCGUGGCCACGCCAGAGAGGAGUACGGCAAGAUCUACGGGGCGCUGGGCCCCUUCUACUUCGAUCUCGUGCGCGCCAAGAGCCACGCCGACCCCGCCGUGUUCAAGGUGUUUCGCGACCCGGAGAACCAGGCGAGGAUGUUGGCCAACCUGCACGUCUUUGCAAGAAGUGACUGGGCUGCCGGCUGGAGGCAGAGGGAGGAGAAGCUGACGCGCAUGACCAACAUCUUCGAGAGCGCGGUCCUCAGGGAGUUUGAGCAGGGCUACGAGGUCUGGGACGUCGAAAGGCGGAUGAAGCGGUACGCGCACGUGCUGGACACGCUGAACAGCGCGGCCGGCGAGGACCUGUUCGUCCAUAAGCAUCCGAUCUUCUCGGACAGAACCGUCAUCGCCAACCCAUCUGACUGUCUGCGGCACUCGGAUGCCGACGGGAUCACGCUGGAGCCGUCGCGACAGUUCUUUGAGGCCCUAGCCAGGAAAGUCAACGAGCAGGCUGAGAUCAUCGGCCAGGUCUUCCCCAAGCCGGGAAAGGUCUUCUGGGCGUUCGUCGACAAGGUCCGGGAGGACGUCAUCAUGGACUACACGACAUCAAUCUGCGACGAGGCACGGGUCAGGAGUAUAGAGUGCUACCUGCGCGCGGUAUCGGGCAUCUUCGAGCAGUGUCUACAGUUCUCCCGGUCUCUGAACGUGCCCGGCUGCACCAAGGAAGAGCACGAGGAGAGGGCGAAAGAGCAGUCCCACCGGGUGGUCGAGCCUCAUCUUGAUCUCUACCUCCAAGACGAGCUCGAGUUCUUCCAGAACAAGGCGGAAGAGGAGGUGGGCGACUGGGAGAGGAAGCUUUCCGAGCAGGACGCCACGGUGGAGUCAUUCUACAUGUCAAAUUUCAACCGGCAGGUAGACAAGAAGGACUUCAUGAGCUCGUUCAAAAAGGCCAUCAUGAUGCCCGUCACCGUGCUGCCGACCCUUCCCGGGCAGCUGCUAAGCUCCCCUUUCAGCUCGGCGUCGACCAAGUCUACACCAGCGCCGACGACAGACGGGCUGGCGGCUCCAGACGCGAGGCCAGGAACGCCCGCUGCCGGGAGAUCACCAGAGCGAAAGCCCACGCCGCUCCCGGAGAAGGCACCGACCGAUGAAGUCGCAGCCAAAGCCGCUCUCAUGGCCUCGAGGCUGGAGGGCAUCAAGACCCUCUUCAGCAUCGAGGUCGCCCUCCAGCUCACACACCUGGCCAAGACCAGCCUCGGCCGCGCUGCCGUCUUCAUCAGCCUAGGCGGGCAGUCUGGCGGCGAAGCCCGCGACCAGUGCGCCCAGAUCUUUGUCAGCCUCCUCCGCAUCUUGGGCAACAGACACAUCAAACCGGGCUUUGAAAAGGCAGUGGACCAUCUGUCCGGCUAUAAGGCCCGGGAGGUGACGGAUCACAGCGCCCAGAGCGGCGUGGCCCCGCUGGUCACCUUCAUCGAGCUCGUCAACGUCGGCGACCUGAUCUCGCAGAUGAUCGACGUCUUCUUCGAGCAGCAGCUUGCCGCGCCCAAGAUUGCAGACCGCAACGACUUCCUGGACCAGUCCGGCCUGGCCAAGAAGAAGUUUGAACAGAUGCUGGACGAGAGCGUCGCAGCCGGGCUGAACAAGGGCAUCGACGUCUUGAUGGACGAGGUCGAGUACAUCUGCGCCACGACACAGCUGCCGACAGACUACAAUCCCCUGGCCCCCGAGGGCGCCAACGCCCUAGGCGCACCGGACAAGCGGUCCAGCGUACAGAGCUUCGCGUCCUUUGGCAGCCAGAAGCACGCCGCGCACGUCGGCGACCUGGGCCCCACACAGACGGCGCGGCGCGUCGUGGAUCUCGUGUCCUCGCACACGGGCAUGCUAGUCGGGAGCACCGAGAAGACGAUGCUGGAGGUGUUCAACGGCGAGGUCGGCCUGCGACUCUUCACGGCCGUGUGCAAGCACAUCAAGCGGCAGCGCAUCUCGACCGACGGCGCCAUCAAGCUCAUCGCCGACAUGACGCUGUAUUUUGAGUACAUCCAGACCCUCAAGAACCCGGACCUGCUCGCCUACUUCCGCGCCCUGCGCGAGCUCAGCCAGAUCUACCUCAUCGACCCGCGCCACGCCAAAGACAUGGCCACCAUCAUCGCAGACGGGGACCGCUUCGGCGGCAUCUUCCGCGCCGAGGAGGUCUACGAGUUUGCUGAGAGAAGAGCCGACUGGUAUCAGGUGAAGAGGGAUGUCGAGAGGGCUAUGUAUGGGCUGGAGUGUAGCGUCAUGUGA